AAACAACCAACCAUCAACUUGGACAGUGGACUUACUGUUCAUCGAGAAAAAUGAAUGUCAGAUACCCAGUACGAGGCAUUCAUAAUGAAAAUGUCGGAACAUGGUACAGAAAAUAAUUUUAUCCUGUAGAAUUUUAUCCGAGAAACAUGAAAAGGAAACAUACAACAAGAUUAACAUGUGGCAGAUAAAGACAAGUGGCUUUCUGUAGUCGCACCAGUAAGUAAACAAAGAUGAAAACCUAGACAAGAUAGACACUAAAUGUUGUGCAAGGGUUUUGGAUAAUCCUGGGGUUACGAAACUACCAUCGUUCGUUCCUAGGCUUCUAGAUACAUGUAUAUUCACGUGAAAGACAAAACAGAGAUUAGGUUUCUACUGGCGAGGUUUUGUGGUGCUUCUGGCUAUGUUCUAUGGAUAAAGACGCCACCACAAGAGAACAAACACUAAAUGAAUACGUCACAGGUCAUUUCUGUCAAAAUCCUUCAGUACGCAUAUUUUUUUAACAAUUCGUUUUCACUUCUCGGAGACUUGUUUGAGGGACGAAACUGGAAAAUGUAAUUGGAAUAAGACCACUUGUGAUGACGGCAUUGAGGCCUUGAAACUAACAUGUAUGCUAUUAAUAUCUAGCCCUAAUGAAUGUGAGUCGCUUAUUAGGGUCAAAACAGCGAUGCUACGCCACAUUCGCCCCACAGCUGUACAUCUAAUAGGGGAUGUACGUAUUCCGCAGAAAAAUUGUAAAGUCUGCGGCAAACUUGUUGUAGUUUUCACUGAUGCCGAAAAUGAAAAAAACUGCACUUCAAGGCCUGCUCGGUGUGGUCGUUGUAUUAAGUCUCAUGAGAGUGAGAGCGCGACCAGGGACGGGGAAAGUGGGGGUUCAUGUGGGGAAAAAAGAGAUUUCUGUCCCGAUGAUCUGACGUCCAAAACGAUCAUCGCUGUAAAUGGGUCACUCUUGAAGUGCCCUCCUCCACGCAGUCGCAAGCAUUCUUAUGCAGAUUGUCAUCCUGAACAAAUUCAAAAACAGAGUUCGCUACAAUUUAUAAAACCGUCUACAAAGGAGGUUCAUAGUAAUAUUAACGUGAGUUUUGCGUGGCCAGCUUUAAACAGUAAUACUUCAUUAGCACAAGACGCUGCGAAUAAUAUUAUAGAUGAGGUCACGGUAAUAAAGGAAGAGGUUAAUAUCUACCCUGAGGUAUUAAAUGCAACGUUCGAAAAGGCAGACAGCGAAAUACACGCAAACAUUGAAGAAAACGACAUAAAGAUUUUUACUUGUCAAAACUGCCAGGAAAAGUUUGCAAGAGAACAGGAUUAUAAAUUGCACCAGAGAGUGCACAGCGGAAAGAGCCACCCCCACGAGUGCCAAUUUUGCAACAGACUUUUUGUGAAAAAAUCCGGUCUUCAGAAUCACGAAAGUACCCACACUGGGAAAAGACCUUAUGUGUGCGGAUAUUGUAACAAACGCUUUGCUGUCAAUAAGUAUCGUCAAGUCCACGAGAGAACGCACACGGGUGAAGAUUCGUUCUCGUGUAAGUCAUGUGAUAAAGUGUUUCCUAGGAGACAGGAGAUGUUAGUGCACAUGCGCAGCCACACGGGACAGAGACCGUAUAAGUGCACGUACUGCGAGAAACGUUUUAUUCAGAACUCGCACAUAAGGCGGCAUAUAAGAACCGUCCACGGUGGACUAACUGGGCACGUAGACGUAUACAAGUGCGAGGUAUGUGUUAGGGAGUUUAAACAAAAGGCACAUUUGAAGCGGCACAUGUCCGUCCAUAAUGGUGAAAGGACACACUCCUGUCAAUUUUGUGAGAAAUCGUUUGCUUUGAAGCACCAGUUGGCCCGCCACGAGAGCAUUCAUACCAAUUACAGGCCGCACGCGUGUAAGCAUUGUAAUAAGACGUUUAUCACCAAAGACGCGCUUAAAAAUCACGAGAAUAUUCACUUGGAAGUCCCGCCGUUUGCAUGUAGCUUUUGUGGAAAGACUUUUUCAAGUAAUAAUAAUCUCAUUAUCCAUGAGCGCAUUCAUAAAGGGGACAGACCUUAUAAAUGUAGAUUUUGUGACAUGGCAUUUGUCCAGUUGAGCGCACGUAAAACCCACCAGAGAAUACAUACGGUGGACAAACCUUGUAAAUGACUGCGAAAAAACGUCCAGUUACCGAAGAUCAGGAAAUCGUGAUGAAUUUCGACACAAUGUGAUCAAAAAAGCAUAAUAAAUGAUGGCAUAUUUAGUGCGAGCCUCUGAGAACCAAAACACGCGUGCAAAUGCUCCAAGAAAAAUAUAAUUUUACUACAUUAGAUAAGAGUACAAUCACUUAAGACAGGUCCAUAGCCAACAAUUUCAAGGAUGGCGGUCUUUUUCCUGAAAAAAAUGGACCCUUUACCAUGAAACCAUCUUAAUCAAUUUUCUACCCAGAGCAGACCUUUUC